CCGUACUUUGGUGCAGAACGCCUUAUAUUACGCACGCAGAUCAUGGCAACCUCACAACGCGAUAACUUCAUUGGAAUCGGCAUAGUUGGAGGAGUCGGUUUGCUCGGCUUACUCUGCAAUGGUCUGGCCAUGUUAGUACUCAUUAAAGGCGGCAAAAUGUCGCACUCAUUCCAGCAGCUCUGCUUCUCGCACUGCACCGCAAAUAUCAUCUGCCUGGCAUUUUUUGUAUUCUACUGCACUCCAAUGAUCAUA